AUGAAACGCGAUUGGCCCGCGCUUUCAGCCCGAGGGAGGCACGCGGCUGGGGUGCAUGGCCCCAGAGACGGGCGGGGCUGGGCGGGCGCGGGCGGGGGCCGAGAGGAGGGGUGCUCGCUGUGGCGUCGGGUGUUUUGGUUUGGCUUUUUUUUUUUUUUUUUUUCCGCGAAAGAAGUUUGCUUUGGCCACGCCUCAAGGCUGCCGCCUCCUCCUGCCCCCUCCCCCGCCCCUCUGUGCUCACCUCUUGGUGCAGAUUGCAAAGCGCCUUCCGUUGAGAGAGCUGCAGAUUUUGCAAGAGCCAGGCUCGCCCACCUUGUGGAAGGAGCGCCUUGAGUCCCCUUCAGCCCUCCGUUGCAAAGAGCUGGCCGUCGGAUUUGAUCCUCCCCUCACCCAGACUGCAUGGUCUCCCGGGACCCUCUAGAGUUGCACGUUUCUGCAGCGAGGACUGCAAAUCCCCGUCGCUCCUAGGAUUUGCACUGUUCUGGAUACUGGAAUCUUGCAAGCUACGCUCGCCCGCCCCUGGGCAAGACACUCGCCCGAACCACAGGACUGUACCGCUGACGGCAGGCCAGCUCUUCGCCUCUCCAUGAGCCCGUAAGCCUGCGGGCAGGUGCCCGGCGAUGGCGCGGCCCGUGAGCGACAGGACCCCGGCCCCCCUGCUGCUGGGCGGCCCGGCCGGGGCCCCCCCGGGCGGGGGAGCGCUGCUUGGGCUGCGGAGCCUUCUGCAAGGGACCAGCAAGCCCAAAGAACCAGCCAGCUUUCGGGGUCCCCCCAUUGGAAAGGGCCUAGGGCCCCGGGUCCUGCACUCCAGAGGGGAGAAGGCCGAGGAACUUCAUUCCAGGUCUCCCAUGGAGGCGAGGGCCGAGCUUCCCAUAUUCCUGGAAAAGGGGGGGCGGGAUUGCAGAAUCGUGUGCGCCCCAGUGGCGAGGGGAUUAGGGCGCAGGGGAGAAGGUCGAGGGGGCCGGUUUUCCCGUGUUCCCCAGAGAGCAGGGGGGACUGGAUCCUUGGAGGUUGAGAAAACCCGAAGGAGCGAGAGGAAAGGGGUGCUCCCUCUGGCAGCUUGGGGUCUCCUGGGUCGGGCAGCCGGUCGGUCGGGGAAUCCUGGACACACCUGCCACGGGUCCAACCUCCCGGCAGAGCCAGGGCCCGCCCCCUGCCAGCCGCACACUCCCGCGCCACGCCUGACCUCUCGGGACACACCCAGCCCUGUGGACCCAGAUACCGUGGAGGUGCUGAUGACCUUUGAACCUGACCCUGCUGACUUAGCCCUGUCAAGCAUUCCCGGCCACGAGACCUUUGACCCUCGGAGACAUCGAUUCUCAGAGGAGGAACUUAAGCCCCAGCCCAUCAUGAAGAAGGCGAGGAAGAUCCAGGUGCCAGAGGAGCAGAAGGACGAGAAGUACUGGAGUCGGCGGUACAAGAAUAACGAGGCAGCCAAGCGGUCCCGCGACGCCCGGCGGCUUAAGGAGAACCAGAUAUCGGUGCGGGCGGCCUUCCUGGAGAAGGAGAACGCCCUGCUGAGGCAGGAGGUGGUGGCCGUGCGCCAGGAGCUGUCCCACUACCGCGCCGUGCUGUCCCGCUACCAGGCCCAGCACGGAGCCCUCUGAGGCCGCGCCCCACCCCGACCCGGCGGAGCUCUCCGCCGCCUCACUCAGACUUGCGCCCUGACACCCCCUCUCCUCCCCAUCCUGUGGUCCACGGGCCGGCCAGCUGGGUGCCCCAGGGACGUGAUGAUGCAGAUAAAUACAUUUAUAUUUUUAAGAAAAAGCGAGCCUCCCCCCCUCCCUCGCGGGGGCGGGGAGGGUCCUCUGUGUGUGCCUCCGGCACGUCGGGGACCCCACCCUCCCACCGCCUCCGUUAACACUAUCCUGAAUAAAUCUUGAUAACCCCA